AUGGCACCUCCAUUCCAUGCCGAGCAAAUUGGAUCUUUGAUGCGGCCCCCAGAGCUCCUGGCAGCUCGGUCCGCCGCCGGCCUAACAACCUCAUACUCCCGACUGACUCAGGAAGUCCGAGAAGCGACUGAGAUCGCGAUUGCUGGGGCUGUCUCAAAGCAACUUGACCUUGGAAUCCGACCGAUCACGUCUGGGGAAUACGAGAGAAAUAAAUUUUAUUCUGGAUUUUUUGAAACUCUCGAGGGAAUGGAAAUAACCCACGAUAUCCCGAUCCCAGAAGGAUAUAGAACGAAUUUUCCGACCCUUAAAACACUUAAAUCUCUGGGAGUCACGACUCGAGAUUCCGUUAUUGCUGUUGAUCGGAUUCGUCACAAUCAGAGUGCUUAUAUGUCUGAGUGGCAGGCGUUACGGCGCUUAGUUCCAGAGGACAAGUGGAAAGAAUGCAAAUUGACGAUGCCUCCUAUCACUCAUAAUCAUAUGCAGCUGGCGGUCGGUUCAGCAUAUCGUCAAUCUGCUUAUACAUCCGAUCGAGAAUACUUCCAGGACCUGGCGGGUGCAUACAAAGCGGAGUUCCAGGCGCUCUACGAUGCUGGACUGCGGUCAAUCCAGAUCGACGAUCCGUGUUUAUUGUUUUUUGUGACUGAUGAAUUCCGCUCUGGUUGCGAGGCGGAUGGAAUUGACCCCGACAAGAUGCUUGAUGAAUACAUCGAGGCCCAUAAUCAGUGCCUAAUCGGAAAGCCCGACGGUCUACACGUGGGAUUGCAUCUCUGUCGAGGUAAUAUGGCUGGUUCCAAUCAUAUCAUGAGUGGAUCUUAUGAGCGCAUUGCCGAAAAAAUGUUUACCGAGUUGGCAUACGACACAUACUACCUUGAGUAUGACACCGAGCGCGCAGGUGACUUCGAACCGUUGCGCCAUCUGCCCAUUGGUAAGAACGUUGUUUUAGGAGUGGUUUCAACCAAGGUGCCAGAUCUGGAAGACCUGGAUGAGCUGGUGGCUUUGGUGUAUUCUGCUGGCAAGGUGAUCGCUCGAGGACAAGGACGAAGUGUUGAGGAGGUGAUUCAAACGUCCAUUGGCGUCAGUCCUCAGUGUGGAUUUGCCAGUAUGAGUUCAGGAGGAGGACGUGGAAUGACCAUGGAUGGGAUGUGGGAGAAGCUUCUCUUGGUCCGAAAUUUAGCCGAGCGGAUCUGGAAUGUCUGA